GUACAAUGAAAGAAUCUGGUGAGAAACAUGAAGGAUCUGUUGAAAUUCCUAACCUGUCAGAAGAAAAUGAGGUGGAUGAUACAGAGAUAAGUGUAAGCAAAAAGAAAGGAGAUGGAGAUGUGCUCAAGGAUCUUAUGAGAACAGAAGGAACUUCAAAAGUCAGGGAGGCUCUCAGAGAUUAUCUGAAAGUUCUUAAAACAGAGUUUACUCUGGGAAUGAUCCUACCAACCAAAACUUCAGCUGGUCCGGAACCGGUGGUUAAAAAAAAAUUGAGCGAGAAUAAUGUACAGGAUUCUGUUAUACCAGUUUCCUUGGAUACAAUUGGUGUAAAGAUUCCAACAGUAAAGAUACUUCUGAAAGAGACGUUUGACUCUCCAGUAGAGGAGCUUUAUAGCAUCUUCAUAACUAAGGAGUUGGUGCAGAAAUUUUCUAAAAGUUGUGCUGUGAUCGAAGCCAAAAGAGGAGGAAAACUUCAAAUGUUUGAUGGUUGUAUUACUGGUGAAUAUAUAGAAUUGUUACCCAGCCAAAGGAUUGUCAUGAAAUGGAGAUGCAGGAACUGGCCUCAUGAACAUUAUGCAACGGUUGCUUUGAAUUUCAAGGAUCAGGCCACUCAAACUGAAUUACAGUUAGAGUGCAAAGGAGUCCCGGUCUGUCAUGAAGACAGUACAAGACAGUGUUGGCAGAAGCAACAUUUUGAAGAAAUACGUGUUUUACUGCAGCAGCCCAAAGUAAAUACUGAAUGACGAUUGCACUGUAGUUAGUUUUAUUAGCGCAUUACUUUUAUAUAUAAAUUUGUCUCCUUUUUUUGUCCCCACCCCCUGUUUUUUUAGGAAAAUUAAUUUAUUUAUGGGGGAUGAAUAAAGAUCUGCUUCUGUGAUACUGUAUAUAAUUUAAGUGCUAUUUAUGGAUCUUCAGUGAAUGAAAUGCCCUCUUCCGUAAGUGAGGUUAUAUAUUUAGAAACCUUCAGUUUGAGAACUGAUCACUGUUUUAUUAUCUAAACUUAAAUUUCAGUGUGACUCAGCUGCUAUAAACUUCAUGGUAUUACAUCAUACUGGCCAGCUCAUUUAGCAGGAACUAGCGACUACGUAGGCUAGUCCAGAACAAAGGUGACAAAUGGAUUGUUUGUAAGAAUCCAUUCGUGGUGGGUAGAAUGUCUGUGUUUAAAUGCACUGCUGCUUAAAAGGUGAAUUGAAAGUCUUAAAAAAAUAUCCCAGACAUAGUUUGAUCCUGUAAGAUCAAAUGAUGAGUGAAUUAUACAGCCACUUAAAGUAAUGCACUUAAUCUCAAACCAUAGAAAAACAAGCUGCAGGCUUCUUAUGUCUUCAAACAGCACAGCUGCACAUUUGAAAGACAGUCACCUAAGUCUUUGCUGUAGGUCCUGAGGAUUAACCAAAUUACAACAACCCUUGUUGACUGGGAGAUGCUGUUAAUUUGGUCUGUUUUUCUAAACUCCUGUCUGCAUCUUCUCUCUGUUAAUGGUACCUGUGAUGGGAGUUGCUGCUCUGGCAGAGAUGCCAGGAAGGCUGUAAGGGAAGUAACUUAAUUUUGUAUUUCAAUAAUUUCCAUAUUUAUUUAAAGAGCCAUUUUCACUUGGACAGUUUUCCCCUCUUGGAAUUCUGAAAAUACGUUUUUAACUUGGACCCUUUCAGUUCACCUUAAUGAACUAUUCCACCCAUAGGACUGUAAUGAAAGCAAAGCAAAUAAAACCCCAACCAUUUGACACAAAUGUACCAUAAGGGUUAACCAUGAUGGGUUAAUAGUGAAGAUAUAACAAUUUAGCAAGAAUUGGGCAGAAUUCUUAAAUACAUUGAGUAAUUUUGUAAACAAUUGGAAUAAAAAAUAAUUUACCUGUGCAAUACUUAAUUUAAGGCAAAAUUGUGACAGAGGUGAUUCAGACUGCAUUUUAAUCAAAUGCACAGAAUAGCAAUCAGUCAUAUUAAUAAAGAAAAUUUUACAGUGA